ACCCAUUUUGAAUGUUGUCGUAAUCUAAGUGGGAGAUUUCGUUGCCACGUCGCUCGUGAAAACAGCGGUCUGCGUGCUAACUUCAAAAUAUCCUACAGCGAGCUACAAGUUUCUGUAGCCUGUUGCUAGCCGCGCGUUGGUACACGACUCUUACUGUUUAUCAUUAUUCCCCGCAUAUCACUCACGCCGGCGCAUACCCCUUCAUUACUGACUGCCUAAUUACCAACAUUCGUCAUGCCUGUAGUCUGGCAGAGACAUCCUCGAUAUUUCCUCCUCGUGGCUUUGGUUCUGACAUCAACUUUCAUUCUACUAAGUCCGUACGGAUCUCCGCUCUCCACUGACUCGUAUGCUGCCUAUAUCCGUGACAAUACACUUCCAGCACGACUCGAGCGAGCAGAGAGGGUCUAUCAGAAAGUAAUAGCUGGUCGCAAGAACCUAAUACAGAGAUAUGGUCCAAGCUCUCGCGACAUUGUCAUGUUCCCACCGGAUAAAGAUCCAUGGCCAGCAUACACUGUUUGGAGCUUCUUUCCUCCGUCUUUUGACUGUCCGCACGAACUAGAGCGCAUAGGUGCACUAGGGGAUGGCGGAAAGUGGACAUGUGGCAUAUCCCGACUGGAGCAUAAACCUGACUGUAUCAUAUACACGUUCGGUAUGAACUAUGAAACGACAUUCGAGGCAGAACUCCUCGAACGGACGCGGCAUUGUCAAGUCUGGGGAUAUGACUAUCGCUCUAACUCGUUUGGAUCCCACAUCAAGCACAACUACCGCACACAUUUCUUUUCAUGGGGUCUUGCUAACGUUGAUUCUCACGAGUCGCAUAACAAUCCUAAGCUAUAUACUCUCAAAACGCUGCUUGAGAUGAACAGGCAUGACCAUAUUGAUUUACUCAAAAUCGACAUAGAAGGUUGGGAGUUCGAAACACUCUCACAGAUCAUUCAGCCGUACAUCUCGUCCGGGGAACCAUUACCAUUCGGACAGCUUAUAGUCGAAAUUCACGCCUGGGACAAGAAAUUUGAGAAUUUCUUGCCUUGGUGGGAGAUGCUAGAGCAAGCUGGACUGAGACCAUUUAUGAAUGAGAUAAACCUCGUAUACCAGAACUACAAUCGAGGAAAAGACACGGAUCUCGCGGAGUAUUCCUUUAUCAACAUCAAAGGAAACAACAUCUUCAUCUCGGACCCACAAGGUGCUCCUGGGUAUUCGGAUGUUACAUAGGUAUUCCGCUGAUUGCACCUUGGGAUAAACACCACAAGGCAGAAACUGUAUGGCGUGGAUAUAUGACGACAUAGUGGAUAGUCAUUGGUCAAUUUUGUGUGAAUACGCACACUAUGGAUAUACGCAUAUAUUAAUGAUGAAGUACAUGUUCCAGGUCCAGUGUAAGACAAGCGCUGUGGUGUUCCUUACAUCUAAAGAAAGGUACUGACCACAGCAAAUAUUGGCGAAUUCCACGCGUGUCUAUUACGUUCUUGCUGUAGCUGUCAGGCUUUCUCCGGGCAUCGCUUCCUCCGUCCGAAUCAUUCCGAGCGACAAGUCGUGUUUUAAACUCAGAAACUACAUAGGUCUGCAGGCUUACAUAAUAUUCGGCCGAGGUGGUGUCUGGGAUUUCGAAGCUUAUCAAGGGAUUAAAUUGAUUUCCUGGGGGGUCAAAGUCGCUAAAGGUUAUUUAACAGUUUAACUUUCUAUUCACACGCGG